UUUUCUCGUACAUUUAUUUAUAUUCGUAGGUCCAAAACUAGCUGAGCCUUUUCAAGGGGAAAAUAAAAACUAAUAAAAAUAACAAAAUAUAAAAAUAAAAAUACAUCGUUUCAAGAGUAAAGAAACGGCGUCGUGAUACUCUCCGUUCAAUUUUGAAAUUUUGAAUUCAACCAGAAAGCCCGCCGCUCCCUUUGGUCACUCUUGCUCUCUUUGGCAUUCUCUCUCACUUUCUUCGUGCAUAGAGUGAGCUCGCCGCCAUCUUCUACUGCAGUGCACUCGAUAGCCACAGCUUCACCUUUGUUUCCUAUUUCAUCAGCCCAAAAAAAUCAACUCCAAAACAUCCAAACCUUACACUCACAACAAAUCUAUUAAAAAAGAAAAAGAAAAACACACUAAGCAAAUGACCUCGUCAUCUAUAACAUACUCAAUCGACGACAAAGACCUGGACGACGCCGCAUUGUGGGCAGUGAUAGACUCAGCAGAAGCUUCUCACUCCUCCUCCAAGUCACGCAAACCCCUCGCUCUCAAAUUCCCCAAUUUCCAAUCUCCAUCUUCCUCAAAGCUCCCUCAAAACCCUAGACCUCAAUAUAAAAUCACUAGUAACAACUACUCUCCUAAUUCUCGCCCUAACAAAAUGAUCCGAACUUGCGCUUCUGAGGUCAGUGACAGCACUAGUCCACUUGCUCUUGUCAAGAAGUCGCCAAUUUUCAAAACGGCGGCGUAUUCGUCUCCUGAAUCGUACUUGUCGCCGCAGAUUAGAUCUGAAGUUUCCCCGGGAAGUUGUGUGCGUAAUGAGGAGAAGGAUGUUAUGAGGCAUUGCUUGAAUGGGAGAUUUCCUUCUGUUUCGCUUUUUAAAGAUUACCAGAAUGCUGCUAUGGCGAUUUUGGAGAAAUCUGAUUACACUAUGAUUUCUGGGCAUCCUUUCAUUAAAAAGUCAGGUUGGAGGAAGAUGUCAUUUUACUUCAAUAUUUCUUACGAAAUCAAAGACAAGACGAUUGAAUUUGAUGAUAAUAGAAAUGUUGUGCGUGCUGAAUUCGUUGUCAGGGCACACAUGCAGGGUGGCAGGUUCUCUGACGGAUGGGGCUCAUGUGAACGACGUGAGAAGAAAUUUACAAAACCAAAUCACGAUAUCCCUAGUACAGCCGAAACCAGAGCCAAAAAUAAAGCCUGCCAGGACCUACUUGGAAUUGGAGAAUAUCGACCUGGUGUGAGCCAAUUUAAUAAAUAAAAUAGUCAUGCAUUGUACCAUUUGGCAAUACUAGUCCAUGAAGUUUGCUAACAAUUGUACUGUAAUACAUUUUGAUAAGAAAUAGGAAAAGAAAACAUUGAUGAUAAACUUAUUGGUAAUGUAAAUCACUUCUAGGGACUGAGCCCUCACUACAACAUUACUUACAGUCCAGUUUUCCAUGUACAAGUCAAACAUCUUUACAUAGAAUUCCAUAAUGCAUUCUUGCACACUGCGAUUAUUUCUUCA